AUGAGUGCAAAGCACGAAGCCCUGCACGCAGCAAUCUGGGGCGGCGCUGCCACCAACGGACCAGCGCCCCUGUCGAUUGGCCGCCAAUACGUUGCAGCUGCGCUGCGCUUUGUCUUGCUUCUUGCGUCGGCGGCGUACGAGAAUGCAUGGACAACGGACGCGGCCAAGGCCACCGCGAUCGCGCUCGCGCUGUACCUCUUGGCGUUCGUCCUCUUUGCAAGACGCCAGCUACCACUCUACAUUCGGCUGGUCUUCUUCCUGACGAUGCUCAGCGCGUUCGCCGACGUUGGCCGCCCGCUUGUGCAAUUGCGAGCUCGAGAGCCCAUGGACUGGCCUCAAACGAGCUUGUUUGCUGCGACGUUGUGCGUUGCGUGUGCCAGUGUUUGCGUCAACAUUCACAUCUUGUACCAAGUUGUACAGCAGUCGUUCGCCAACAAACAACGUCGCAAGCAAGGUUUGGCCAAGAAGCAGUCGUAG